CUCUGUGCUGCUUUAUUGCAGAGGAGGAAGGUGUGGACGGAUCGUCUCCUGGAUCCCCAAGAAGCUGCAGCAACGGCAGUCGUCCUCAGUCCGGCUCCCCAGUGCCACUUCCAGUUCAGCCUGCUGGCACUUCUGCACACUGUGACAGUCAAAGCGCAUCCACAGGAGUUGCCCAGCGUGGUACUGCAGGUCAUCAAAUGCCAGCAGUGUGCUUAUGGCCUCGAAACACCAAGUGCCUCAUCCAGGACGGCCUGAAUUCAGCACCUGCCUCACCUGCUGAAUCCUUAGCCCAUGGAGAUGUCACUGUGCCUUCUGCAUCGCUCCAGACACUCUCUCAUGUCAAGUACAAGGACUUCAUUCGCUGCCUGCCAGUUUACCUCUCCCAGUACAUCCUGGGGCUUUUGGAUCAAAAAUCCCUUAAAGCUUGUGCUGCUGUGAGCGGAUACUGGGCUUUUCUGGUGAAAGAAGUCGAGAGGGAGCACGUGUGUCAAGGCUUAGUACAGGAUAAGAUCCGGUAUUUGCAGGGGUUGCGCCCUAGGGGAGCAGUUUCAAACUAUGCUAAAAUAGUCAACGUGACAAUUCCCCAAUCAGAUGAAGAAGGACACGUCAUUGAAGUGAAACGCCACAGUCGUGAAGGUAAAACAAAGGAGAAGGAGGAGGAGGGCAAUCUGCAGGCAGCCUACCAUGAUCUGCAAACUGACACGAUCCAGCUGGAAGAGAGGAACGUUUUCUGUGGCUCCUACAACAUUCGUGUUCUCACUGACCGAUCAGACCAAAACAGGGUAAUUCACUACAGCGGUGGAGACUUGGUAGCCAUUGGCUCUACAGACCAAAAAGUGAGUUUUUUUGAUAUAUCAGAAAUGAGAGAAGUGCCACCUCUGCUCUCUGGCCAUGCUGGAAGCAUCAAAGCACUGCUCCUUGAUGAGAAGAAAGGGUUUGUUUUUAGUGCAAGCUUCGACCUCAGCAUCAGAUGCUGGGAUAUAUUCAGUGGUGCUUGCAUGAAAAUCUUCAAUGGUCACUGCGGGACAAUCAUCUGCUUGGAUGUACAUGAAAGGAGGCUUGUGUCAGGAGCCAGAGAUGGGAUGGUGAAAGUGUGGAACUUGGAUAGUGGGGUAUGUCUCAAGACUCUAAAACACAACGAUGUUGUUUGUGUUAAAAUGGAUGGGGUCCAUGUUGUCAGCGGCUGUGACAGAGGGCUGGUGAAAGUCUGGCUUGCUGAGACAGGUGCUCUGGUCAAAAUAUUGGAAGGGCACCAGGGUCCAGUGAAGUGCUUGUCCUUUGAUCAGUGGCACCUCGUCACAGGAAGCUCUGAUGGAUAUGCCUUGGGAUGGAGCAUGGUGGGAGACCUUAAGAGAUGCCUAACAGCCUUCCGCCACCCAAAGGAAGUUCUGUCUCUGGAGUUUCUCUAUCUCAGAGUUGUCAGUGGCUGUGCUGAUGGAAAGAUUCGUAUAUUUAACUACCUGACUGGAAGCUGCCUGAAAGUGUUGGUGGCCAGUAGCAGAGGGGAACCGGUAUCUUUCUGUGUUGCAGGAAACAGGAUGGUGAUCAAUGCACCCAGUAGCCUGCUGAUGUUCCAGUUUGAGGAUGUCAGGUGGGACUAUACCCUAGCUGCUGACCGAGAGAUGGUGCGGAAGGAAAAGCAGGGGACCUGUCCUCUGAGCAGAACACUGUCUCACUCCCAGCAAAACAAGUGCCACGUCCUUGGCCAGACGCAUCACCUCGCUCUGCAGACGCAAGCAGCUUGCAAGCAACAGGAGAGCACAAGGACUUUCCACGUUCAGGCACAGCAACAGCAAGAGCUUUUCAUUCCUGGUAACCAACAGCCCCAUGCUUUUGCUUUGAGACGGCCAGCGAGAGCAUGUUCAGUAAGGAUCCUGGCAGGUGCUGAUGGCACAUCUGAAUACGGCACUCCUGUCUAUGUACCUGAACAUCCUGACAUGGCAGAAGCCAUGCAGCAGCACAAAAAGAAAAAGGACUCAUAUUAUCUAGUGUCCUCUUACAAGUUCCUCUUAACUGUCAACAUGCUGCGGAAGAGCUGCAAGUCGUCCUUUGUCCGCUCCAGUACAAAGCCUUCUAUAGCAACUGGGAAAGCCUGGGAAGCUCCGCUGCAUCAGCAACGAUGCCUUGAAAAAAGGCAAAUAUACAAAACCUCUCUGCAGCACAAACAGGAUCAGACAGCCCGGCUCCAGUGUGUGAGAUCUCGCAGUGAUUCUCUGACUAUGAAAAGAAUUUCUACACCCUUCGAAACCAAAAUGCUGCAGCUCAAACUGAAAAAUUCUUUGCAUGGACCCACUGUGAGUUCCUCCAUUCCCACUCCAUGCAUUGUACGUCCCAAGACACGUGGUGGUUUGCUACAGGAAAAGAAAGCUCACAGUGGUCACGGUAAAGUCACUCCUUGCCCUGAAGAGCGGGGUCAGCUUAGCAAUCUCUGUACAACCUCUGAACUGAUCAAGUCAACACACGCAAGGAUGGCACAAAUGAAAAAUGAAGCAGUUUACGGGGGAAAUAAGCCCUUUUGUGCAUUUUCCGUCCAGACUGACGGUGGGUUCAGGCUUCUGACAGGAAACCAGAAGGAGGCACACGAGGCAGCUACUAUAGCACAGUGUCAGGCAAACCAGGCAAAGCUCUUAGAAGAUCAUCAAAAAGCUUGCAAGAAGGCCUGGUUAAGGAAAGCUAAAGGCCUACCCACAGACUCUUUUACUAAGGAGGGGAAGAUACCUGCUCCUGAACUUGGACUUAAUACUUUUAUCUGAGAUAACCGAGUACUCCAACAAAUCACUGGUAUCUGGGGCUUCACAAUCAUGGCAGCUCCCUUAUGGUGUCCAGCUGAGCCUGCUGUGUCAAGAUCCCUGUGGUUUCUAAAUAAGUAUGAAAGACAUCUCUCUUGUAAGUUUGCCUAAGAAUCAUUAUUGGUACCUUCAUCUCUUUCUCAAGGUAGUGAAUGGAGUGACUCCUGGAUAAAGCCACACCUGGGGUUGAUCUUGCUAGAGCUGUUGUCACUAUAAACACAGCACUGUUGUUGGAAAACUACUAUACAAAAGAUACGGCUCAGCUGUUUGAAUGGAGAUUUUUAUUGUUCAAGUUUAUAUACACUGACUAGAGUUUAUAAGCUAAAGAAAUAUGGGCUGAGAAAAUAAUUGCUGUGUUUAAACCAAAUAGAGGUAGUGGUUUGUAUUCCUUUAUUUCUGUGGAUAAACA